UGUACAACAGUAGCCUGUGCUGUGUACGUUGUAACUUGACAAAUUUGUGCCGGAAAAUAAGUGUGCGUAAAGUUUUAAUUUCAUAGGACGUGACUUCACAGCACUGCUGGUCAAGGAAUCCAGGAAACACUCCAAGGAAGGCACAAAUAGGCCUACAUGAACUUAAAGACUACAGCUACUCAAGGCGAAACCAGAGGUCCCAUUUCGCUCCUAUAAGGAUCACGAUGCCAGUGAAGCGAGUAGCGGUGAUUGGUGCUGGUGUCGCGGGGCUGAUGUCUGUCAAGUCCUGCCUCGAAGCUGGGCUGGAACCGGUCUGCUUUGAGCGGAAUGACCAAAUCGGGGGCGUUUGGUUAACUCCAGAGCUGACCAGUUGGGAGGGUGUUCGUGGAGGCACUGUGUACCAAUGCUUGAUGACCAACUCCAGCAAAGAGAUGACGGCGAUCAGCGACUUUCCCUUCCCCAGGGAGUACCCUCCCUACCUCACCCCGAGGCACCUCCUCGCGUACUACCGCGACUUUGCCAGCCACUUCAAGCUGGACCGGCACAUCCGGCUGGCCGCCGAGGUGACCAAGGUGGCACCGAGCGAGGACCAUGAGACUACAGGACAGUGGGAGGUGUGGUCCCAGCCGAGACGCCGUGGCGACUCGGCAGAGCACGCCACCACCUCAGAGGUGUUCGAUGCCGUGAUUGUCGCGACUGGCAUGUAUAACACGGCUGUUGUACCCAACUACCCUGGACAGGGGGAGUUUACGGGCGAGAUCUUGCACAGCAAUCGAUUCAGGAGCGGUGAACAGUUUGCCGGGAAAACUGUUCUCGUCGUUGGUGGUUCCCAUUCGGCCGGGGACGUAGCUGUCGACGCAAGCCGUUACGCAAAACAGGUGUACCUGAGUAUGCGAGACGGUGCCUGGGUCAUCGGCCGUUUUGGCCCAGGGGGCAUGCCCACGGAUGCCUUCGGCAACCAUCGCUGGAAGUCGAUGGUGCCGGAGGCAAUCAGGCGCAGGAUGGCUAAGCCGCUCUUCGAGGGCCACUUUGACCCGGACAACCUCGGCCUGCGCUGUAAGAGGCAACUCUUUGACGGCUACAUGAUGGUGAACGAUGAGAUUCAGUGCCGCAUCAUCUGCGGGGCCCUCAAGUGCAAGCCGGGCGUCGAGCACUUCACGUCGGGGGGCGUGGUGUUCGAGGACGGUACGCGAGUUGACGGCCUGGACGCCGUAGUCUUUGCCACUGGAUACGAACUCAGUUUUCCGUUCUUUGAGGACAACUCCAUCAUUGCAGAUAAUUUUGCCGACUUGGAGCUGUAUAUGCACGUCUGGCCGGCGCGCCGUGCCCACCCAACAAUGGCCGCCGUCGGCGUCGUGUCUGCCUUGGGCGCCCAGACCCCGUUGUUUGAGCUCCAAUCGCGCUGGGUCGUACAAGUGUUCCUGGGGAACGCCCAGCUUCCCAGUAUUGAUGAAAGGUUAGAGGAUGUGAAGCGACGCAAGGACGCUGCCUUCCAGAAGUUUGGGAGACAUCGUAUAUUUUGCUAUCCAGUCCCUUACUGCGAGGAAGUUGCCGCCAAGUUUGGAGCGCGGCCUAAUUUCAUCAAACUCCUCCUCACCGACCCUAGACUAGCUCUUCGUACUUUCUUUGGGCCGGCCUAUCCACCCACUUACCGUCUCAACGGGCCCCAUCCCUGGAAGGGGGCCCGGGAUGCUAUUAUGAACGGCUGGGCUAACACCGUGAAUCCAACCCGGACCAGGACAGUGGCCAAACCGGCGGCAGGAGGCGCCCUGUCCACCGCCAUCGUAGUAGCUGUACUUCUAAUCGGUUUCGUCUUCGUUUUUAGUUGAUAUCUCCACAUUCUCCUGUAUUGUCUACAAAGAAAGAAAAGUUUCUGUUACAUAGGAGCAUUCAGCCUUACGUUAGUGUGUGCAGGUUAGCCAACUUUCUACAGAACGUGAGCCAAGUGAACACACUGAUUACAUUUACAUAGUCAAGCAGAACUGUAUUGACGAGAGCCAGAAUGCAACGUUUGAGUGACGUUUAUUGGCCACGUUACUCUUGAGCACUGUCAUCCAUUCUACACGCUGUUUGAAUUAAGACUGUGAACUUAAGUAUUCAACAUUAGUUCUAGGCCCUGUCCCGAAAUCCUCUCAUCUUAACCAACCGAAAUGAUUUUCAAAAUGAAUCAGUACGUGUCUCCAAGCACAAGCUUAAGUGGCCGUCCUGCCAUAGUCGGUAGCAAUGAGAAUGAGCUAAUCUAGUGUGUCUGUAGGAUGUAAACUUGAGCCUAGAAUGAGUUCCGAGCGCGACCAAUAGAGGGCGCAAAUUUCCUAGCAAUAGAGGUUCCUUUGGUAGGAACUGCACUUCGCUAGUCUACAAACUAUGAAAUGCGUGCGUUAUUGUCGCGAAGCUAUACCAAAAAAGUGAACAUUCCCGACAGUGUGGCUCUUUUGCAAUCGAUGAGGGGGUGCUUCUGCCGUGCCGAACUCAAAUACAAUUUUUGAAAGUUCGGCGCGGCAAGUUGAAUUGGGCUCGGUAAGCUCUUCAGCUCGUCAGGGCAUACCGCGCUAUUUCGUCGUUUGAAAGGGCCGUGACAGACACUGUUCUGUUGAAGUUCGACGUUUAGCGCAACUGUCAUUUGAAUUUAGUUCGGCACGGCAGUAGCACGGCAUCUCGUCUUGGCCUAAGAUGACAGUGUAUCAUAGAAAUACGUGGUUGAGUUAUGGAAGGUUCUUCCAUGGUUAAGUUAAGCUCGGAAUACAUACAGUUUACCAUCCUUUUGUUUUGAUUUGGCUUUAACUUUCAAAAAAGAGUUAGCAUUUUUGCAGUUGUAAUUCUAGCACAUAUAUUAUUCAACCAUGUCUGUUAAUCUUACAUUUUGGGUUCUAAAAUCGCACCCGGCCAUGAAACUAACGGAG